UGUAGCACAUAGCAGGCAAGCUUAUAUUAUACCUCAUUUCGACACGAUCUUUCUAAUUUUCCGCCCCCCCCCUCUUAAAACAAUUUAUGUAUAUUUAACUGAAAAGUGUAAAAGCAACUACUUAGUCGAAGAAAAGAUAAAGUGGCAAAGUGGCGAGUGGCCACUGGAUUUCACGGCAUCUCUCAAAGAGUUUAUAUGCUUUGCCCUCAGUUACACAACAUGAAACAGACGAUAAAGGUCAUCGACGUUCGUUGUUAUACCAUAAUGUAGACACUCACGUUGUUUCACUGCCACGUCACAUUAAUUCCUCACUGAUAGUGAAUCAGUGAUUUACUCUUACAUAUAUAUUUACAUUACAACCCCAAGAAGUUUCCUCUCUCUUUAUUUUCUUUUUUGUUUGUCUUUCCAGCUAAGGAAUUUGCGAAAACAAAAACCAGCGAUGCAUUAUUGGGUGGAUCAAAAGGAGAUAAUAAGCAGAGAAGUUCACAAAAUUCACCAUGAAAGCUCAUCAUCAUCAUCAUCAUCAUUUGAGCUUCUUUUCUAUCCUAUCAUUGUUCACUCUAUUCUUCUCCACUUCCCAAACUACCAUUACCAACAAAACUCAAUUAUCAGUUCACAAUGAAACAAGAAGAAUUCUCCACCAGCCGUUGUUCCCGGCGGUGUCGGCUCCACCGCCGGUUACUCCGCCACCGCCGGCGCCGCUGGAUAUUCCGUCUUCUCCCGACAUUCCUUUCUUCAACGAGUAUCCCGCUGGGCAGCCGCCGCCGGUGCAGAAUCUGCCUCCGGUGACAACCUCUGGCGGUAUGAUCGCGAACCCAACUGCGACGCAGCCAACGAAACCCGCGAAGAAGGUGGCAAUUGUGAUCUCCGUGGGAAUUGUUACACUUGGAAUGUUCUCUGCAUUAGGCUUCUUCUUAUACAGACACAGAGUGAGACACCCGGCAGAGACGCAGAAACUGGUUUCUCGGAAGGUUCUAGAAGAUUCUCCGCGGGCCCCACCACCGCCGCCACCCUCGAGCUUCCUCUACAUUGGCACGGUGGAGCCCACCAGAACUUCGCUGAGCGAACCCAAUGGAAUAACCGUUAACACUUCCCCUUAUCGGAAACUUGAUUCCAUUAAGCUUAGCUCCAAUCACCGUUACCGCCCCAGCCCCGAGUUGCAGCCGCUGCCGCCGCCGCACAAGCCUCCGGACGAGAGCCAUUCGCCGGCGGCGGAAUUCUCCGACUCCUCAUCCUCUUCUGAGGAGGAAAGCUGCGAGACGGCGUUCCACUCGCCGCACGGCUCCUCGCUCGGCUGCGAAGAGAAUUUCUUUACGCCGGUCUCGCGCCACAGUUGUCUCUCCGCUGCCGCGGCGGCACCGGUGGUUCCUCACUCGAAGAGAACUUCUCCGAAAUCCCGGUUUUCCGCUCCUACUCCGGAGAUCAGAAACAUUGUCGUUCCGCCGGUUAAGCCUUCUCCGGCACCGGCGCCGGUGCCGGCCGCUUCAACAAAAUAUCAUCACGUGGACAAAGAAUUAACAUUGGGUCCUUCUAGAAGACCCAAAUUCUCAUCGCAUCCCCCAGCACCGAAUUUGACUCAUCUUCAUUCAAAUGAGUUCACAACUUCACUUAAACCUCCUCCUCCUCCGCCACCGCCACCACCGCCACCACAGACACUGCCGUUGAGAAAGGUCUGGUCUCUGUCAAUUAGUACAUCUUCUUCCUCAGUGUCAAGGAAGAACGGAGAGUCAUGGUCCCCAAAUGAAGGAGGGUCUUCUGGUAACCGUGUUAGUGUAAGGAAAGGUUCUUUUGAGGAAGUUUACCAAAGGCGUGAAGGUGAUGAUGUGGAUGGAGCAAAACCCAAGUUGAAGGCUCUGCAUUGGGAUAAAGUGUCUACUACUUCGGACCGUGCCACUGUGUGGGACCAGUUAAAAUUCAGCUCCUUUCAGUUAAAUGAGGACAUGAUGGAGACACUGUUUGGCUGCAAAUCCACAGGUUCUGCUUCUAAAGAGAAUGUUACUAGAAGAUCAGUUCUUCCUCCUGCUGAACCGGAGAAUAGGGUGUUGGAUCCAAAGAAGUCUCAAAACAUAGCUAUACUGCUAAGGGCACUCAAUGUGACUAGAGAUGAGGUGUGCGAAGCUCUUUUAGAUGGGAAUCCUGAAGGUUUAGGAAGUGAGCUAUUGGAGACUCUAGUGAAGAUGGCUCUAACAAAGGAGGAAGAAAUAAAACUUAAAGAUUAUGAUGGUGACCUCUCAAGACUUGGCUCUGCAGAAAGAUUCCUUAAAGCAGUGCUUGAUAUCCCUUUAGCUUUUAAAAGAAUUGAAGCUAUGCUGUACAGAGCUAAUUUUGAAACUGAAGUUAACUACCUUAGGAAGUCCUUUCAGACCCUGGACGUGGCAAGUGAGGAAUUAAAGAACAGUCGGUUAUUCCUCAAACUUCUUGAAGCUGUUCUAAGGACAGGAAACAGAAUGAAUGUUGGCACAAAUCGCGGUGGCGCUAUAUCUUUCAAACUGGACACACUUCUAAAACUUGUAGACAUAAAGGGCACAGAUGGGAAGACAACACUGCUCCACUUUGUGGUCCAAGAGAUCAUUAGAUCUGAAGGAACAGGCGGUGAAUCUGCAAACUGCAAUGUUCAAAACCAAACGAAUUCCCAAUUCAGCGAGGAUGAGUUCAGAAAGAAAGGAUUGCAGGUUGUGGCUGGACUGAGUAGGGACCUUGGAAAUGUCAAAAAGGCAGCAGGAAUGGACUCGGAUGUUUUAAGCAGCUAUGUCUCAAAGCUUGAAAUUGGACUUGACAAAGUGAGAUUAGUUUUGCAAUGUAGAAAGCCGGAUAUGCACGGGAAUUUCUUUAACUCAACUGCACUGUUUCUGAAAGAUGCUGAAGAGGAAAUUGUUAGGAUCAAGGCUGAUGAGAGAAAGGCCUUGUUCCUUGUGAAAGAAGUUACAGAAUACUUUCACGGGGAUGCAGCAAAGGAAGAAGCGCACCCUUUCCGAAUUUUUAUGGUUGUAAGAGACUUUCUAAAUAGUUUGGAUCAAGUCUGCAAAGAAGUGGGAAGGAUGCAGGAUAGGACUGUGAUUGGUUCAGCUAGAUCCUUCAGGAUAGCCGCAAGUGCAUCGUUACCUGUUCUCAACAAGUACCAUGCAAGACAAGAUAGAAGUUCAGAUGAGGAAAGCUUAUCCCCCUAGUGUUGUGAAUAUGAAAGGAAUAACAGUGUCUUAGGAUAACAGUGAAAUUAAAAUGAAUGUUUUCCCAAAUUUAAGUUAAUUGCCCCCAUUCUGCCGUUAGGUCCAAAGGUAUAAACUUCAACAGGAUUUCUACCAUUACCAAGAGAAUCCAAUUCAUAAGCAAUAGUGAAGGAGGACAGCUUUUCUUGAGAUUGAACAUCAAACACUUGCAGGCAUGGUGGGGGAGAGAAUAAACUGUUGACCGAAUCUGUUGCUUGUUUACCACUUACACUCAGUUUCAUAACAACAUGAAAUGAAUUUUUAAUGGGAAGUGCAUUAGUGCAAGAUAAGCAUAUCUUUUGUUAAUUCUAGUCUAAUUCACAUCCCCUAGUUAAGAUAGGUUUGAUUAGAUUAGAGUCCCACACAUUUUCAUAUAAUAGAAUGUUUCUAUUUUAUAUGUAUUUUUUGAAUCAUUUAUUAAUAAUAAAUAGCAGUUUUUUUGGCAAUUCAUUAUGUAUAUGUUGGUUUGGGGGAGGAGAGAUAACUUGUAUUCUGUUAAUUGAUUGAUAUUUGGAGUAGCAGAGUAAGGCAGGAAGUUUGUAUUACAUGAAAUUUGAUGUACACUUUGGUGACUUACAAG